AGUAGUUGAAUAAAUCUGGCAACAUCGCGAAAAAGAAAAUGGUGGUGUAUGUUUCUAAAGUCUGUGAAACUGUUUAUGAUUUGAAAAUGUUUAUAUUUUGAAAAAAUAGCGUAUAGUCGUAAUAUUCUGUUUUCUAUGUAUAAAGAAGCAGAUGCCGAAAUGAGUUUCAACAGAGAAAAAGGUCUUUUCAAUGUCGCACCUGGUUUUCAUUUCCCGAAACGUGAACCAGGAAUUAUUAAAGCCCUUCAAAAGCUGCAUGAAAAGAUACAACGUUUAGAACAGGUUAGAAGGUCGGAGAAGCAGGCAAUAUCAGCUGAGGUACAGACUGGAGUUGAUGAUGGAGAUUUGACACUUACUGACAUCCAGUAUCUAUUGCUACUUCUGCAGCUUAAGUAUGUCCGCGGUAUUUUAAAGAAAAAAACUGUUGAUCAACAAAAUUCUGCAUCUUCAGAAGAAGUUACCAGGAGUAAAAGUUUAUCUAACAAUAACAUCCCAUUAUCUACAGGCAUUAAUUUAGGAAAUACAAGUGAUAGAUACGGCAAAAAUAAUCAAGAUAAAGAAACUCAGAUUGGCUCUAGUUUUGCGAAGGUUUAUUUACAGGAAGAGGAAAGGGAUAAUAGCAAACAGUGUCCAAUUAAAGAAAAUGGGAACAUUGUAAAGGUUGCUGCUGCAGUUCAGACAUUUGAUGAAACAGAUAAUACUGCCGAUUUCAAAUCUGAAAGUUCAAAACCUGUGCCUACAAAUUUUAAGUCGACUCAUCCACAUUACUUUCUAAAACUUUCUGAUGUGCCGUUCAUUAUUGGAGCUUCUACAUCAGAUAGCCAUUCUGUAAUUGCUAAUCUUCAGAAUAUUAUUGCAAAGUUGAAAUCUCACAACAAAGCAACCUGUGGUCAUAAACUUCCCAUUCAGCGCAAUUCAGUUCCUGCAACUAACAAGAAACAGAAGCAAGAGAGCGUAGAUACAUCUAAAAUGUUGAAGAAUUUAUAUAAAGAAUUGUCAGAACUUUCACAGAAACAAGAGGGACUGAAAGAAAAGAUUGAUCAUAUUGAAAAGAGAGAUCGGUUUGGAAGUAAAAUGGAACUUAGCUGUAGUCUAAAGAAAGGGAUACAUAAUCAAGGCAACUGUUCUCAAAAACCUUCUAAAAUGUCAUCUAAAGUUCAAGAAGAAAAAAUCAUUAUACCAAAUGUCAGGACCCAAUGUAACGUAACUUCACAAGGAAGACGUAAAUUCCUACAUUCUUUACAAGAUUUUAAAGCUCAUUUAUCAGACGAAGAUAUAUCCUGGAAUUAAAUUUAUAUUAGCAUUUUACUUGCAAUAGAAUGUACGGUAAUUUUAAAUCACAGUUUGUUAUUUAAUGGUUGAGAUUAAAUGUGACUGUAUGUCAGGAAAAUUAUGCAUGUGAAUCAUUUUAUAGUCCUAAAGCUAUUUUUUUACAUUUUUCAUAUUUUUACAAAAUACUCAGUUUUUAUACUUAAUGUCAUAGAAGCUUUAGAAGUUCUAGACUGGUAAAAUUAUUAAAAUGCUUUUUUAAAAGUAUAGUUUAAAAGCUUUUAAAAGAUUUUAUAUAACUAAGAUUAUAUUGUUUGAGAAUUUUUUUUUUUUUUUUUUUUUUUUUUUUUUUGCCCCUGUGUCUUUUCAGGAGUAUACAUAUUUCUGACUUUGGUUAUUUGAAAAAUGAUGCAUUGUUGCAUUAUGAUUUCUCAUUUUAUGUUUCCUUUACCUUAUUUAUAGAAAAAUGCUAUAUAGAAAUAAAAUUAUAUGUUCAUUAUCAUGCAAUAUAAAAGAUUCUCAUUAUAUUUUUAGAAUUGGUUCAGACACUUUUAAAAUUAGAAAUUAUAAUAAAAACCUAAUAUGUAUUGGUAAUAUCAUAUUUGUAAUGUAUUGUGUCAAGUAUUUGCCACUGGUUAAGCAAUGUUUAAAUGUCAGUUUCUGAUGUUUGCUUUAAUAGUGUAAUGUGUUGCAUUUUCUGGAUUUAGUAUUUCCCGUUAUUACAUAUGAAAGCCUCAAUAAAACUACAAAAUUUAAUUUUAAGUAUGUAUUUUAUAAUAAAUUUUUGAAGAUUUAUAUCAGUGUGCUACAUAGAAAAUGGUAAAAUAAUACAUUUUCUUUCAAAAAAUUGUUUGGAGUUGUUGGUACACUAAAUAGUAUAUAUCCAUGUUCAUCAUUAUCUUUGAAAAGACUAUUCUUAUGACUGUGCAUGUUUUUUAAUAAAGCAGUUUUAUAAUAUAAAAA